CAUCAACAAAGCAACCUGUGGUGACUGACAACAAAGAAACAUUCUCAAACCAUUCUUGUACCUACAGCAAGCAAGCAAUAAGAUACGCAGGCAAGGAUCGAGCAAGCUAUUCUGCAUCGAAUAAGCCACGGAUACAACCAAAGAUGGCUCCAGCAACGGAGCCAGAAGAAGAAAGCGAGGACGAGACUUCCGAUGACUCGUCCAAAGAUACCGCCGGCAGUGGCAGCGUUAUCAGUGAUGCCACGGAUACAGAUGUCGAUGACAGCAGCGCGAGCUAUAGCACUUGCAGCACUGGAACUGAUUCUUCGUUAGGAAAUUUGAUUGCUAGUAUGGGUGGAAUAGCCGGCAUGGGAAAAGAUACCAAGGAUACCAAGACAAUGGCAAAGACGGUACAGGCCGGCAAGUUGAAACGGCGUCUUUCGACACCCAACAUGAUGCAGAUGCAGCUGGAAGUGGCGCCUUCGACGAUUGAAAACAACGAACAUCGUGAUGCGCUGUUGCGGUUUUUGGAUCGAAUGAACAAUACUGAGUCCUACUUUCAAGACCCCAACACGGACGGGGACGACAACGUCUCUGGUCGCCGAAAGGUGAGCAGCACGGGUGCACUGGAGGACCUUCGAAAGAACACUGUAGAUCGUGACAACCCCUCCCACUACUUCAAGGCUAUGGUAGAAGGAGACCUACCCAAACAAAACAGAACCUUGUUCACGGACAAAUAUUGGGAAAACUACUUUACUCCCAUCACACAAGCCCGGCGCAACGCGUAUAAAGGAAACGUUGUCAAGGCAAUUCGAGAUCAGGACCUAGAAACGCUCAAGAAAAUCCUUACUACAGAAGGGGAUGCUUCGAUGGAGGCAUGCAAUGCUCAAGGAGAAACUCUCUUGCACUUGGCCUGUCGCAGACGAAACCACGAGCUCGUCAAGUUCCUCGUCAUAACCGCCCACGUGUCCAUCAAGGUGCGAGACGACUAUCACAAGACACCCCUGCACGAAGUCUGCUGGUACACGGAACCAAGGAAUCCAUCUCAGUUCCAUUCGGUAGAGUUCUUGAUGGUGCUGGCACCGGAAUUGUUCUUUGCCAAAGAUAAGAGAGGCUUCACUCCGCUACAAUAUGCACCUAAAAGCAGCUGGAAAGGCUGGUGCCGCUUUCUAGCGAGAAACAAAGAGUCCAUUCGUUCCAAGGUGCGAAAUAUGGACUUUGGUGGUGGAUUCUGAACUUGAAGCAAACCUGCUUAUUCGACAAUACCGUACAUCAAUAGCUGGUCCGCGUCUCGUGUACCAUAGUUGGCCGCUCUCCAUUGUUGCUUGGCUGACAGUAACAGCAGAAUGGCCAAUCAGUAAGUACUGCCAGCUAGCUACUAAAAACAGUGUAUUUUUAGGACAUCUGCAAAGGAAACACACGGGUGCAUUGAUGUAUGCGCAUGCAUGGGCGU